ACCCGGUUUGUUUACAUCCAGAUUAGUUCAUUAUAAUCCGAGAUUCUUGAUUUCUUGACCUCUGCUCCCCGUCGGGUCAAAACUCUGCCUUCCACAUAAUCUCUCCUCUAAGCUUCAUAAUCGCACCCUGGUGUUAUUCGGGACGAUAAGCAAAUGAACAAUAGAUGGUUUGAUGGUCAAACAGGGAUCCAUCAUCCUAACCAGCAGCAUAAUGAGGAAGAUGAGGCUUCUAUUCUUGAGGAUCUAAUAGAAGACUUUCGGCUACCAAUCGGACACAGACCAACAGAAAAUUUGGAUUUAGAAAAUGUUGAGCAAGCAUCAUUAGACAAACAAUUGACAUCGUCAAAUGUUGGGUUCAGGCUUCUUCAGAAAAUGGGGUGGAAGGGGAAGGGGCUUGGAAAAGAUGAACAGGGUAUCAUUGAGCCAAUAAAGUCUGGAAUACGAGACGCAAAACUAGGGAUUGGAAAGCAAGAGGAAGAUGAUUUCUUUACAUCAGAAGAAAACAUCCAGAGAAGAAAGCUUGAAAUUGAGGUUGAGGAGACUGAAGAACUUGCAAAGAAACGGGAGGUUAUAGCCGAAAGAGAGCACAAAAUUCAGACUGAGGUGAAGGAAAUACACAAGGUUUUCUUUUGUGACCUUUGCAACAAGCAAUAUAAAUUGGCUAUGGAGUUUGAAGCUCACCUUAGCUCGUAUGAUCACAACCAUAGAAAGCGCUUCAAAGAAAUGAGAGAAAUGCACGAAAGUAGCAGUCGCGAUGAUAGACAAAAACGUGAGCAGCAACGUCAAGAGAGAGAGAUGGCUAAGUUUGCUCAAAUGGCCGGUGCCAGUAAGAAGCAGCAAGAGAAAGAAGAGACCAUUCAGGCCUCCCAUGUAAUGAGAACUGCAACCGCCCUUGCUGAUCAAGAUCAAAGGAAGACUUUGAAGUUUGGAUUUUCCGCAAAAGGCAGCCAAUCGAAGAAGAUGGUUGGGAACAUGGCAAAGAAACAGAAAGUAUCUGUUGCAUCAGCAUUUGGCAAUGAAAGUGAUGAUGAGUAGAGGGGAGGGAUGUUAAGGCUCUGUUUGGCAUUUGGGAAUUGGGAUAACUAACUAUAUGAAUAUGAAUAUUGUGGUACAACUUUAACUACACAAAUCCAUUUUCAUCCAUUUUAAUUUAACUGUGCUUUUCCUGACCAAAUAUGUGGUUAGCAAGUUUGCAGAUGUACCGGUAAUACAAAAAAAAUAUUCUUAUUUAU